GAACAGGUAUGCAUUUUAACGCGUCAAUCUCGUCUGCCGUGCUGCGGCCACGCAAGCGGUUAUUCCCGUAGGCCGUAGCUGUAAUUCGGGUUAUAUAAGCGUAAAAACAAGCAGCAAUGGCUGGGUCUGCACUACGCAGGCUUAUGGCCGAAUACAAGCAGCUGACGCUGAACCCACCGGAGGGAAUCAUCGCGGGACCCAUCAACGAAGAAAACUUCUUCGAGUGGGAGGCCCUGAUCACGGGCCCCGAAGGCACCUGCUUCGAAGGCGGCGUGUUCCCGGCGAAACUAACCUUCCCCCCGGAUUACCCACUGAGCCCACCCAAGAUGCAGUUCACGUGCGAGAUGUACCAUCCGAACAUCUACGCAGACGGACGCGUUUGCAUCUCCAUCCUUCACGCUCCCGGUGACGAUCCGAUGGGCUACGAAUCCAGCGCGGAGCGGUGGAGUCCCGUUCAGAGCGUCGAAAAGAUUCUCCUGUCUGUGGUUUCCAUGUUGGCCGAACCUAACGAUGAAAGUGGAGCCAACGUAGAUGCGGCUAAGAUGUGGAGAGAGGAUCGGGAACAGUUCAACCGAAUAGCAGACCGUCUGGUUCGGAAGUCUCUCGGCAUGCUGCCUUCCUGAGAACGCCUUCAAAACUAUCGCAAAGUGUCACGGAGAAAGACAAAAACUGUUUCUAUCCCCUGUAUCUUGUUAUAUGCAGAUAUUUUCUGUUUCUGGCCUACGUUCAAACGUAAUGAUGUUUUUUUUUCCCUUUUUAUUUCCUCAUCUGUGUACUCUAAAAUUUUCCUCCCACUUUUGGUUUUCCCGGUAGCUCCGUUUGGGGUAGAUGAGGAUGCCUUGCCUUGUUCUUUCUUUAUUGCAUUUGUGUGUAUGAUAAGGGCAGAGCUUAUUUAUGAAAGUAGGACUACUUAAGAGUGGGCGUGCAGAACACCUGUUGCAGGAAGGUCAUUUAAAAAUUUCCUCGGCAAGGGAGAUUACGACAGCAUCCUUGAUGUGUCGAUUUGCUUGGGAUUACUCUUCGGUUUAUUAUCAGAACAAAACUUGUGAAAAAUUAUUUUCAUGAACCUUAAAGAGUGGUAAAAAUAAAAGAUGCUGCUCAAUU